UCUAUCAGUAGGGGACAACACACACACAACGACACACACUUGCACACACAGAUUAGCGCAGGCCUGUCAUACACACCACACACUCUUGCUGGGAUAUGAACACCCUCGUCCUCACCUGUCUCUUGUGCUUCGUAGUCUGCAGUGCCCUUGGUACUCAGGGAUCUGAGGCCACAUUCUCUGGUGAACUAGUUGGGGUGACUGGGGGUCCAGCCUCCGGGGAGGGCCUCCAGACUUUGUUCGGUGAUGAUGACGAGCUGGAAAUAGACGAGGAGGUUUCAGGAGGAGACAACCAAAACUUCAGCCAUGGCUUACAUCCCAAUGGUAAAGAUGAGCGGAGGAAAAAGAAAGGCAAAGGCAAGAAAAGAAAGCACAAGAGCAAAAGCACCACUGCUUUCAACCCCGAGCACACGCUCUUCACCAAUGGAUACACAUCCACUCUCAGCACCACAGAGGAUCCCUGCACCUCUACCCACCUGGGUUACUGCAUUCAUGGUUACUGCAAGUACAUAGAGGGCCUACAGGAGCCAGUGUGCAUAUGUAUGAAGGGUUACGACGGGGAACGCUGUGGGAUCCAAACUCUGGGGGUCCGCGUUGAUCAGAGUAGCAAUACUGAGUUGGUGCAGACAGUCUUAGUCAUCAUCGCUGUGGUCCUGUCAGUCAUCAGCUGCACUGCCAUCCUGCUCAUGACCUGUGCUCAUUACAGGUCACAUAAAAACUUCUUGGCAUCCUACCUGGGAACUGGGACGGAGCAGGAGAAGCUACAGAAACCCAUCGGUGACGUUGUGGUGUGAGGGCGUUGAGUUACGAUGAGCCACAUGCACGAUCCAAAUACGAAGCAAACCAGAAGAGUCUGAGGACCUGAGAAAGCACUAGAGUGAAUAGACUGCUUCAUUAUAUGCUGUGUAAACAAACAAAAAACAAAAAAACACUGUCCAGAACCUGUUAGAAUGUAAUUUAUUUAGUGUGAUUAUUUAUUGCUAACGACUGUAUGUAUAACGAGUGUUUGUACGUUGGACUAUUGUUAUAAUGUCUUUUAUCUGCGAAUGCUGAGCAUUCGGUCCUUUAAUGUUCUGUAGGUUUGGUUUUAUUUAUUGCACUGCUGUUGUUAUAGGUCAGAGAAAUGCUCUUCAUCUCACUCUGGAAAAGGGAUGGAAUUUGAUCACCAAUAAAGUGUCUCAGUGAACG